GCUGGGGCAGGUGCCGUGGGGCCAUGGAACCCGAAGCAGGGCCUGUACUCUACCAGAAGCUGCUGGUCUGGGAGCCAAGCUUAGAGUCCGAGGAGGAAGAAGAGGAGAUAUCAGAGCAGCUCAUUCCGGAUCCCUGGGGGCCCCAGGACUCCUCUGGGAACAAGGCUGGGGGUCUGCCCGGGGCCUGGGCCCGACUGGUAGCUGCCCUGCUGCUGCUGGCCAUUGGUUUCUCCCUGGCCGUGAGGCAACUCCACAGCAUCAGUGGCUCUCCAGGAACGUUGGGCUCUGGGGCCCCUCCACCCAGCAGGCAUUCCCACGGCCCUGGCGUGUACCCCCAUGGUGCCAUCAUCAGCCCCGCAGCCACGUGCUCCCACCUGGGCCAGGAGUUGCUUGUUGCUGGGGGCAAUGUCGUGGAUGCUGGCAUUGGAGCGGCUUUGUGUCUGGCAGUGGUGCAUCCACACACCACAGGGCUAGGUGCCAUGUUCUGGGGCCUCUUCUACAAUAGCUCCUCAGGCAACUCAACUGCCCUGACAUCAGGCCCAGCCCAGACCCUGGCCCCCGGCCUGGGGCUGCCCUUGGCUCUACCUGCCCUGCGCCUGCUACACACCCACUUCGGCCGCCUGCCCUGGCCACGCCUGCUGGUGGGCCCCACCACGCUGGCUCAAGAGGGCUUCCUGGUGGACACAUCCCUGGCCAGGGCUCUGGCAGCCCAGGGCACAAAGGGCAUCUGUCCACUCCUUUGCCGUACUGAUGGGACCCCCCUGGGACCUGGGGCCCGAGCCAUCAACCCCAAACUGGCAGCUGUGCUACACAGGGCUGCACUUGCCCCCACCCCAGACCUCACUGGGGAUGCCCUACUGAGCCUUCUGGCCCGAGAUCUGGGGCUGGAGGGCCCCUCAGCUGGGCCCAGGCCCACCUUGGAGCCAGCACUGCGACUGCCUGUGCCCCAGGGCAUCCUGUUCACCACCCCUAGCCCCUCAGCUGGCCCAGAACUCCUAGAGCUGCUAGAGGCAGCUCAGCAGUCUGGAGGGCCCAGCCCUGACCCCUGCCCACCACGCCUCCUAGCUGUUGGGACCACAGGGAGCAGUGUCCUGGCCACUGUGGACAGCGGCGGCUCUGUGCUGCUUCUCACCUCCUCGCUCAACAGCUCCUUCGGCUCUGGACACCUGUCCCCAAGCACUGGGGUUCUACUUAGCAACCUGGUAGCCAAGUCUGCUGCCUGGGCCUGUCCUCUCAUCCUCCAUGGCAGGCUGGAUGACAAUGAGGCUGACGUUUUGGGGCUGGUUGCUUCAGGGACACCCGCAGUGGCCAGAGUCAUGACUCAUACCUUGCUCAGCCACCUGGUCAGGCCCCAAACCCAUGCUCAGCAAGGACCCACCAAGAGCCCCAGACCUUGUAUCCAAGGGACCCUGCUCCAGGUGGCAGCCCAUGCAGAGCAUGCCCAUGUCUCCAGUGUCCCCAGUGGCUGCUGCCCCUCCCAGGGGUUUUAAGGCGGGGGGAAGUGUCUGGCAGGGAGGGCGGUGGGAGUAGAGGUCUCAAGCCUGGAGACAGGGGCAGGGCAAUGGAGUGCAUAAAGAAUGUGCAUCGGUUAUGUGCUCACUGCUGGCUCGGGCCCUCAACUUCCAGCCUGGUCAGUUGCCUGGAAUUGAGUUCCAGGUCUUUUUUCAGCUAAGGAACCUGAGGAUAAUGAGGAAAGAACACCAGGGCCUGGGGACAGCCCUGAGUUCAGAUCCAGCUCUGGGAAGGACAGGUGGCAG